AAAGUCCCAUAAUCUUCUUUAACGCGUCAGGAUAUUAGGAGGCUUAACGGAAAGAACAACAACAAGAAAAAAAAACCCCACACACAUCUAGAAACCCAGAAUGGAGCGAGUCUCUUGGACACUUUUGCUACUUUCCUCCGCGGUGUUUUUGUCCGGAUCCGCGCAGGAGUUCGGCGCCACACAGUUCGUGUGCACGUCGGUGCCGAAGGACGCGGACCUGUGCGCAGCCACGAUGCAGAACAGCGCACCGGCGGAGGACCUGAAGAGCACCGUGCUGCAGCUCCGGGAGACCGUCCUGCAGCAGAAGGAGACCAUCAUGAGCCAGAAGGAGACCAUCCGAGAGCUGACGGGAAAGCUGAGCCGCUGCGAGGGCGCGCAGGAGGACGGAGGAACGGCGCAGAAAGCCGGCGGACGCAGGAAGGAGUCGGGCAAGAACACCAUGGGGGACGUGUCCCGAACUCCCGGGGACACACUGGCGCAGCUCGGGCUCACUUUAGCUACGCUCAAACAGAGGCUGGAGAACCUGGAGUACAGCCGGACGAACGGCUCGGUGCAGGCCAACAGCCUGAAGGAUUUACUGCAGAAUAAAAUCGAUGACAUGGAGAAGCAGGUUCUGUCUCGAGUCAACACGCUGGAGGAGAGUAAAGCAGGAGCGAGUAACGACACGGAGCAGCGCAACCGCGUGGAGUCAACACUGAGCACUCUACACCACCGAGUCACUGACCUGGAGAAAGGACCUAAAGGCAGCAGACCCAUGGAUAAGUUCCAGUUGACGUUCCCAUUACGCACCAACUACAUGUACGCUAAAGUGAAGCGCAGUCUGCCGGAGAUGUACGCUUUCACGCUGUGCCUGUGGAUCAAAUCCAACGCCUCGCCCGGAGUGGGAACGCCGUUCUCCUACGCCGUGCCAGGACAGUCCAACGAGCUCGUGCUCAUCGAGUGGGGCAACAAUCCCAUGGAAAUCCUCAUCAACGACAAGGUCGCAAAGCUGCCCUUCCUGAUAAACGACGGGAAAUGGCAUCACAUCUGCAUCACGUGGACAACACGUGACGGUGUUUGGGAAGCGUUUCAGGAUGGUGUUCUGCGUGGAACUGGAGAGAACCUGGCUCCGUAUCAUCCCAUCAAACCCAACGGAGUUCUGGUCUUGGGCCAGGAACAGGACACGCUGGGUGGCGGAUUUGACGCUACGCAAGCGUUUGUAGGUGAGCUGGCGAAUUUCAACGUGUGGGACAAGAAGCUGUCGUCUAGCGAGAUCUACAACCUGGCAACCUGCAGCAGCAGAGCACAAUCCGGCAACGUUCUGUCCUGGUCGGAGUCUAACAUCGACGUGUUCGGCGGCGCCACCAAGUGGACUUUUGAGCCGUGCCGUCAGCUCAACUGAACUGCCACGGAGAAACGAGAAAAUUGAAAAAAGUCAUGAUAAUGAAAAACAGCACCGAUCCGAGAUGCGAUAUUUCUAAAGCUUCUGUCCUUACUUGUCUUUAUUUUGACGUUGGUUUAAAAAAAAAAGAAAAAAAAAAAGAACAGUACACAAUGAACUGAACAUGAGCACAGAUUUCUAUGAAUUCUUACAUAUUUGUGUGCGAAACAGAAAGAAAAAAAAAAUCUUCUCAGUCUUGUCAGUCUUAAACUUUUUCCUGUCGUACGUUUUUGAAAACCGCAACACUGGUUUUGUUUUUUGUUUUUUGGACUUGGAUAUUUUUGUUUUUGUAUUCUUCUUCUCAAAUCGCACUCAGCUUUUUUUCUUUUUAAAAGCUUUUUUCUCGCUUUGUCUCGGAAUGGAAGCUGGAAAGAUGUGUCUUGAAGAUUGACAUUGCUGGGGGGAAAGAUUUUAGAAAGGGGAAAAAAAUUGCUCCGAAGAUGGAAAGACGGGUUUUAUUGAACGGUAUUUUACCUCGAGCUCGAGUUCUGCUCUUUAAUGGUGUCUCUGGAUUUUGCACUGUGACUACAGAAGGUUGUGGGUUCAAAUCCCUGCACUGGCACUGCUUUGGUUCUCGACUCGUCGGCUGUGCGCUUGGAUCGGAUUUCGGCCGCAGCUGUACAUCGAGGCUUAGUAGUUGAUCAGAAGGUUGCACGUUCGAAUCCCAGAACUGUCAGAAAGCCAUUUGUAUGUUGAAUCGACCUGGGCGUUGAAUGUGUCUGGAUAAAUGUAUAAUGUAAAAUGAAUCAGAUCAUUUAAUGUUUAUGUAGAUGUUAUAGAAUACAUUUUUUAUUUAUUA